GCUGUCACACGGCCCCCGGGGCUCCUCCAGCUCGGCAGCUGCACCGGGAGCUGCGGAAGGGCAGGAUGGGGGCUCAGGGCUGCCUGGGGCCGCUGCUGCUGCCGCUGCUCCUCCCUUGGGCCGGUGGGUCCGGCGUGGGCUCGGAGUCACUGCCCGGGGCGGUGGCAGCUGCUGGUGGGGACAGGACGUGGCUCCAGCCCUCGAUCAUCGGGGGACACGAAGCCAAACGCCACUCCCGGCCCUACAUGGCAUUCCUGCAGAUCGGGAGUAGCGCCUGCGGGGCAGCGCUGGUGCACCGGCGCUGGGCGCUGACGGCCGCGCACUGCCUGCCUAAGAGGUCGCGGCACAAGGGGCGGCUGCUGGUGGGGCUGCACAACCGGCGGGACGAUGAGGAGGAGGGCGCGCAGAGCUUCACCAUCCGGGCUGCCUGUCCCCACCCCGGCUACGACCGAGAGACGAUGGAGAACGAUCUGCUGCUGCUGCAGCUGGACGGGAAGGUGACCCUGAGCAGGACACGGCGGCUGAUCCCGCUGGCGAGCCGGGAGCCGGCGCCGGGGGCGCGGUGCAGCCUGGCGGGCUGGGGGGUCGCGGACCCCCGGGAUGGGAGGCUGUCACCCACCCUGCAGGAGCUCGAUGUGACGGUGAUGGACACGCGGAUGUGCAACAACAGCCGCUUCUGGCACGGCAAAAUCGGCCCCGCCAUGAUCUGCUUCCAGGGGCUGCGCCGCGGCUCCGCGCCCGCCAAGGGUGACUCGGGGGGACCCUUGGUGUGCGGGAAGCGGCCGGCAGUGGCCGGCGUGAUCUCCUUCAGCGGCAAGAACGCCACUGACCCUUUCAAACCACCCGUGGCCACCUCGACCGUGAAGCACAAGAAAUGGAUCCAGAAAAUUCUGCGGAGAGGCUGCGGAUCCGGCUGGCCCGAACACACGGGAUAG